CUAAAAGAAUUAAAGAUGCUAAAGAGAAGAAGCCAACAAGACCUGAAGUUAUUUCUUCUGAAGAUUUACCAGAGACUUCUUCUCGUUAUUUAUCUGGACUUGCAAAUUUAACUCAAGAUUCUUCUUGUUAUUCUUCUGGACUUACAGAUUUAGCUCAAGAAGAUCUACAAGAAGAGAAAUCAUCUUCAAAUAAACGUGCAAAAAUUGCAUCUAGAGCUGCACCUAGAACUGCAUCUAGAGAAACUGCACCUAGAGAAACUAAGUCUAGAGAAGAAACUCCAGAAUAUGAAGAACUAGAAGAAGAAUAA